GCUGCGCGCCCUGCGCUGCUGCUGCUGCUGCCGCCGCCGCCGCCGCCGUAGCAAAGAAGCAGGCUGCAGGAGGCAGGAAGGGCUGCGGGGGCUGCGGCUGCUGGCCGGCUCCGCUCUCCAUCUUGCCAGAGCUCUCCAUGCCCGGCCCAGGAAUCGCGGGGAAGAGCGAGAAGGGAGUCCACAGUUGAAAGACUUUGAAGUUUUAAAGAGAUGUUUAGGAAAGGGCAUGGUGGUUGCCCAGUGCCACAGAAUCAGCUCUGAAAACACCAUAUAAGCAACACUAUACAGACCGCACAGCUGCACACUCAACAUCUCUUCCACUCCUGUGAAGACUGCCUCAGUCCUCCGAAAGUUCACUCCCUGCCACCCUGUCCGGCCAGUCAUCUAGUGAUGAUUUUCUUUGUAUGGAACACAUGCUACCUACCAUCCUGAGACUUGAAAGCUCAGGAAACUGGGAGCUUUCUACGUCUUGGGUGCUGUCCAGGUUCAAGGGGCUGGGAGAUCUUCCAGGUGGUUAAAGAACAGGGGCACUAGGAACCUAGGAGUUCCUGAAUUGCUCCUCCCGCCUCCCCGAAAGCAGGAACAGUUUACCGAGGUGUCUGAGGUCAGUCGUGUGUCCCCAUUGUGUGGCCACGCGUCCUGUGUCCAUCAGCACCUCCCCAAGCCCAGACUCAGCCUGACUCCUCGCGGCGCAGUCUGGGAAAACUGUAGCUUAUCCAUCAGUGGCCUGGGGACCUGGAUACUGGCGCUGAGGGCCAAGGAGAAAGCUGACUGGUAGCAGGUUUCCGAGGGAGCAGGAGCCAGGCCAGUCACUGAGGGAGACAUCUUGCCUGCCUGGUUCAGCCACUCGCCCAUAGUUCUAUUUGUACCACAAACAAGCGACAGCAGCCAGUGGGAGUUUUUAUCCUUGGGAGGGGGUGGACAAGUGUCAGGGAGUAAUUUUUGAUAUGGAUAUUCCUUGACGUGAAACCUGUAGAAGAAACAAAGAAGAGAUUUAAGGACUUAGAAUUUAUAAAAUUCUCGGUGUUAAAUAUAACACUCCACCUGAAAUACUAGCAAGAGGACACACUAGUCCUAUCAAGUGCCAGAAAACACUGUUGAAUUCUACACUCGACUGAGGCUCAUAUGACCAUUGACCCUUCAAAUAACUGGCACAUUCGAGAAGAGGAAGACAAGUCACAUUUGCUGCUUCCUGGGACGGUUCGGAUGGAUGGAGCAGUCGGUGAGAAAGGGAGAAAGUUCAUUAAGACAGCAGGAUAACAAAAGACUCCUUUUCCUUGGACUCCAUCCUCUCCACAUACCUGAGUACCACGCAGAUAUAAAUUCCAGGAGCCAGGUUAAAACCGUCAGCCUCACAUCCCGAGAGCAAACCUUUUAGAAUCUGCUGCCAAGAGCGGGGGACCUCACUCAUUGGGAGCCAGCAUGUCAGCUGCAGUUGUGGAGAACCCAGUCCUGAGCAGAAAACUCUCAGACUUUGGACAGGAAACAAGUUACAUUGAAGACAAUUCCAACCCCAACGGGGCCGUGUCACUUCUCUUCUCGCUCAAAGAGGAAGUUGGCGCCCUAGCCAAGGUCCUGCGUCUGUUUGAGGAGAAUGACAUCAACCUGACUCACAUUGAAUCCAGACCUUCUCGGGUGAACAAAAAUGAGUAUGAGUUUUUCACUUACCUGGACAAACGUAGCAAGCCUGCUCUAGGCAGCAUCAUCAAGAGCCUGCGGCACGACAUUGGUGCCACUGUUCAUGAGCUUUCCCGAGACAAGGAGAAGAACACAGUGCCCUGGUUCCCAAGGACCAUUCAAGAGCUGGACAGAUUCGCCAACCAGAUUCUCAGCUACGGAGCAGAACUGGAUGCAGACCACCCGGGCUUCAAAGAUCCUGUGUACCGGGCAAGACGAAAGCAGUUUGCUGACAUUGCCUACAAUUACCGCCACGGGCAGCCCAUCCCUCGGGUGGAAUACACAGAGGAAGAGAAGAAGACCUGGGGGACAGUGUUCAGCACACUGAAGGCCUUGUAUAAAACGCACGCUUGCUAUGAGCACAACCACAUUUUCCCACUUCUGGAAAAGUACUGCGGGUUCCGUGAAGACAACAUUCCCCAGCUGGAAGAUGUUUCUCAGUUUCUGCAGACUUGUACUGGUUUCCGCCUCCGACCUGUUGCUGGCUUACUGUCCUCUCGAGAUUUCUUGGGUGGCCUGGCCUUCCGAGUCUUCCACUGCACACAGUACAUUAGGCAUGGAUCUAAGCCCAUGUACACACCCGAACCGGACAUUUGCCAUGAACUGUUGGGACACGCGCCCUUGUUUUCAGAUCGCAGCUUUGCCCAGUUUUCCCAGGAAAUUGGGCUUGCUUCUCUGGGUGCACCUGAUGAAUACAUCGAGAAACUGGCCACAAUUUACUGGUUUACUGUGGAGUUCGGACUCUGCAAGGAAGGAGAUUCCAUAAAGGCAUAUGGUGCUGGGCUCCUGUCAUCCUUUGGUGAACUACAGUACUGUUUAUCAGAAAAACCGAAGCUUCUACCCCUGGAGCUAGAGAAGACAGCCUCGCAGGAGUACAGUGUCACCGAGUUCCAGCCCAUCUACUAUGUGGCAGAGAGUUUCAAUGAUGCCAAGGAGAAAGUGAGGGCCUUUGCGGCCACAAUCCCUCGGCCCUUCUCAGUGCGCUAUGAUCCCUACACUCAAAGGAUUGAGGUCCUGGACAACACUCAGCAGUUGAAGAUUUUGGCUGACUCCAUUAACAGUGAGUUUGGAAUCCUUUGCAGUGCCCUGCAGAAAAUCAAGUCAUGAACAGAAAAUUAUGUCAUGGGUAGAACUUAGGAGGUCAACCAAAAAUAUGUUGAUAGAAAUACAAUAACUACUUCCUUUCAUCUGAAAAGAAAACUGUAAUUUGAAAUGUUAGCUUUUAUUACUUCUGCUAACACAGUGAAACAUCAUCAAAUAAAUCAAAAUUCUCUUAAAUGAAAGUAUAUUAAACUCUUCUGGUAUAGACCUUUCAAAGUCAUCUUUGAUUUAGACAUCUCAAACCUUCAAUUUAGUUUAAAAUGUAAUUUCUCACUUCUCACCAAUAGUCAUAAAAAUUUGUGAUCCUUAUCAUUCUGGAUUCAUUUAUUUGUUUUUACCUCCCAGGUAAGCCCUAAUGGAAUA